GUAGAGUACAUCGUGUGCAUUUUCAAUAACGCUCUCGCUAAUUAUAAUCAUACCGGCCCAACAAGUACCAACUCAAAUUGUGUUUUUUUAGAGCGUGUUUUUUUUUUUUUUUAAUUUCUCUAUCAUAUUUUUCAUUAUUGAAUUGGCUUAUAAAUAUUAUGAUGUUAUUUAAUUACUUUUUUUUGUUUUUUUUUGUUAUACAUGCCGGUAAAGUGCUUGCAGAGUUACCACCCGGAGUGACACCAUGCUCACCAUCGGAAUCACCGGAUGCGUAUGAUAGCUGUGUCCUUCAACAAUUAAUGAUUCUUACACCACAGCUAGUUAAAGGAAUACCUUCAUUAAAAUUACCACCUCUGGAUCCACUAUCUUUACCAUCGCUAAUCGUUGACCGCAAUCUCGACGCCAUUAGAGUCAAAGCUAAUUUAUCGAGUGUAAGAGUCUAUGGUGCCAGUAAUUAUGAGAUCGACGAACUCAGAGCGAAGCCCAAUGACUUGUCGGUGUUUUUGAGACUUCGUAUUCCUUAUAUUCACGUUAAAGGAAAUUAUGAAGUCAAGGGUAAUCUUUUAUUAAUAUCACUCAAUGGCAAUGGAGCUUUUAAAGGCAAUUUUACAAACACCCAAGUUCGCGUAAGCGCUCAAGGUAAAGAAGUUGUCGAUAAAAAUCAAGUAAAAAGAAUCGAGCUCAGUAAACUAUCAACAAAAUUACGAAUUGGUGGUGGAAAUAUAAAAUUAAAAACACCACCUACUCAAGUUCGCGCAGCGGACGCCGCAACAUCAUUCUUUAAUUCAAAUCCAAGACUUGUAUUGGACAUAAUAAAUCCAAUUAUCGAAGAAACAGCAGCCUCUAUUGGUAAAGCAUUAGCUGCAAGAGCACUUGGUGCUUUGACCAAGGAUGAAAUUUUACCGUGA